UCCGGGGUUGCGCUUCCAGUGCAGGAAUAGGAUAGCCAACAUAUUCGCGAAGCUGAUUUCCCGAGAAGUCUGCUGGAUCAUCAAAUGUGAUAAUUUGUGCGGGUUUUGUCUUCGCUUUUCCGUGAGCUGAACUAGCCUACUCUACUGACUCCGUUGUAGCGGGUCAAAGGGUAACACGUAUUUAGUGAUGUAUUAAAAUUAGUUCGGCGGCUCUCCCCUGUAGAACUGCCUUGUUUUCGUGCUGCAGCUGGAUUAGGAAAUGUCUGCUUGAAAAAUUCCUGACCAAAAAAGGCACACAGUUUUGUAAUGAUUGAUUAGAGAAACAACAAUGGCAUCGAAGGCUCAGGUUUUGUAUGACUUCACUGCUGAAGCAGGAAAUAACGAACUGUCUGUGAGGGAGGGGGAGACCCUUACUGUCACCAACCAGAGCAUUGGAGGAGGAUGGAUCGAAGUACAGAACUCCAAAGGAGAGGUGGGCCUGGUCCCAGAAGACUACAUUGAGAUCGGUAGGGCAGGAGGAGGACCAGCAGCAGCACCAGCAGCACCAGCAGCAGCAGCACUGGACCUGUCCUUCUUCGACUCACAGCCCGCCGCAGCCACCAGCACAGCCACACACAGCCAGGUGAUUCUAGCUCAGCCGGAGACUCCGGACACCCCGGCCCUCUCCCCGGCCACUCCUGAUGAGGCGAGUAACGGAAAUGACCCCUGGGCAUCGUUCUCCACUAAUGCCAACGCGGGGUUCUCCAACAACUGGGCGGCCCAGCCUCAGGGCACGGAGACGGGCAGGACCAGCACGCACGACCCCUGGGCCUCCGCAGCCCCGGCCCACCCACAGGCCUACCAGGGCCCAGGAGCAGAUGAUGACGAGUGGGAUGAUGAGUGGGAUGACAAGUCGACAGGUGGCUACGGCGAAUCAGAGGCAGGGGAGGGCGGGGCCAUCAACAGAGGAGGGGCCACUGGAACCUCCAUGAAAAUCAAACAGCAAUCUGUGAAGAGCCAGACCCUUUGGUUCCCCAGCUUCUCGAAGUCUGGCCCUGAGCUGUAUCUUCUCUCCAAACCUACACCCAAAGGAAAGGACAGACUGCUAAUCUAUAUGGGUGAGGUUGGUCCCAUCUGGUCGUACCCUGAGGCGGCGCUGGACUGUGUUGUUGCAGACCCUAAGAAAGGCACUAAGCUGUACGGCCUCAAGAGCUACAUCGAGUACCAGGUCUCCCCCAAUACCACCAACAGACCUGUCAAUCACAGAUACAAGCAUUUUGAUUGGCUGUAUGAGAGGCUUCUGGAUAAGUUUGGUUCAGCGGUCCCCAUCCCAUCUCUCCCUGAUAAACAGGUGACAGGUCGUUUUGAGGAGGAGUUUAUUAAGAUGAGGAUGGAGAGACUGCAGGGUUGGAUGACGCGCAUGUGUCGACACCCCGUCAUCGCCACCAGCGAGGUCUUCCAGCUCUUCCUGACCUACAAAGACGAGAAGGACUGGAAGAUGGGGAAGAGGAAAGCGGAGAAGGACGAGGCGGUGGGCGCCAUGAUCUUCUCCACCAUCGAGCCCGAGGGGCUGCCGGAGCUGGACCUCAUGGAAGUAGAACAAAAGUGUGAGCAGUUUAACAGGUUUACUAAAUCAAUGGAUGACGGUGUGAAGGACCUACUGACAGUUGGACAGGAGCACUGGAAGAGAUGUACAGGACCCCUGCCUAAAGAGUACCAGCGGAUUGGAAAGGGGUUCCAGAACCUCGCAUCCGUCUUCAACAGCAGUGGAUAUGAAGGAGAGGCCACUCUGACAGAUGCGCUGACAGAAGCAGGGAAGACCUAUGAGGAGAUUGCUGCCAUGGUGGCCGAGCAGCCCAAGAAAGACCUGCACUAUCUAAUGGAGACCAACAACGAGUACAAGGGACUUCUGGGAUGCUUCCCUGACACCAUCGGAGUCCACAAGUCUGCCAUAGAGAAGGUGAAAGAAGGGGACAAACUGGUGGCCACCAGUAAGAUCACAGCUGCCGACAAGAUCACUAUGGCCAAGAGAGCAAGCACCAUGUCAUACGCAUUACAAGCUGAGAUGAAUCAUUUCCACAGCAACCGUAUCUAUGACUACAACCGUGUGAUGAGGUUGUACCUGGAGGAGCAGGUCAAGUUCUAUGAAACGAUUGCUGAGAAGCUGAAGCACGCUCAUGGCCAGUUCACCGCCAUGUGAGCUCACUGACGCCGGCCAGCCGGCCACAGCACUAAACACGCCUCUUCACCUCCCUCUUCAUGUCUCCUGAUCCCUCUCUUCUGUCUGUCUGUCUUUCUUUCUCUCUUUCUGUCUUUCUCUCGCUUCUGCUCUCUUCCAGCUUCAUCUCUCUGUCCCUCCCUCCCUCCGCCUCUCUCUCUCUCAGUGGCACCAAAUCAGGUUUUUAUACACACACACACACACACACACACACACACUACGGGUCCAUAGCAGCCCAGACCCUUAACUCUUAGGAUGCCGUGAGUGAGUGAGUGAAUAGAGAGUGUGUGUGUGUGUGUGUGUGUGUGUGUGUGUGUGUGUGUGUGUGUGUGUGUGUGUUGGGUGGGAGUGUGUGCAGUGACCAAUGAGAGAAGCUUCUGCAGGACCAUAAGCCAAUAAGCCAAUGAGCCUUAGCACCAGAGUUCCCUGGCAACCACUCAGGACCCACUCACCUGAGCCCACCUGUGUGUGUGUGUGUGUGUGUGUGUGUGUGUGUGUGUGUGUGUGUGUGUGUGUGUGUGUGUGUGUGUGUGUGUGUGUGUGUGUGUGUGUGUGUGUGUGGUGUGGUGUGAUUUCAGGCCAAAGGCGAAACCUGCUGCCCGCCCACUCAAACCAGCCAAACCUGAGCUAGCCAAUCACCUCGUCUUCUGGCACACACUUAAGGUCUAGGACCUACGCUGGCCAAUCGCCUACUCUGGUUUACGCUCAGCCAAUGAGACUCUCCAAUGUGCGGUCCUGUUGAGACUAAGGAAGUGUCUCAAGGGAGUGUGAGAGAGGGGGUGAGAAUAAGAGGGUGUGUGUGUGUGUGUGUGUGUGGAGGCUGAGACCUCACUCAGUGCCUUGCUGAUGCUUUCACCAGCGCACUUUAAUGCUUUUUCUUUUUAAUUUAAUUAAAACACUUUAAUUAAGCGUGUCUGUCCAUGCGCAGCCAUACCAACACACACACACACACACACACACACACACAUAGACAAUAUAACAUUAGCAAACAAACACAUAACACACACUCACACACAUGCAUGUAUAACACACACCCAAAACAUGAGCAAGUAUGAAGUUCAGUACAUCACACACUCAUACACACACAGACAGAAUAUAUGAACAUAGAGUAUGAAAUGCAGAAUGCACACACACACACACACACACACACA